CUCUCUCGACCUUGUAAGGCCGGCCGUGGGUUUUCUGGGCCUUGCUCUUUUUCAGAGACCAAGGGAGCUGUAGCUCUCUACUGAGGAAGCGGAACCGGGGGCGGGUGUGGCAGCAGGCCUCUCACCGCCUGAUGGUGUUCUCAGGGCUCAGACGGCCCUUCAUUUGGGGUGGCUGGGUGGCUGGGGGAAGUUAGUGAUGGGAUGUGUUUCCUGUGAGUGGCCUUGCAGACCAAACUAACUUGUAACUUUGACGAGGGAGGUGGCCAGCCUUGAGAGCACCAUUAGAUACGGGAGAGGGCCUUCUGGCGGUGAGGUGACCCAUGAGCUGUAUGUAUCUCCCUGAGAGGAUACAGUUGAAACAACAACAGGUGGGAAUAACCAUAGCCCUUUAGUGUUGUGUACAGGUCAAAUCCCGUUACAACCCAGGUCGGGGGUGGGAGGGAGGUCCCCACUCCUCAUCUCUCCUCAAGCUUUUUUCCUCCAAGUUAUUAAUGUGAAGUCUUCAGAUUAUAGACUGCUUUUGUCCUUUUGUUCUUAGGGGAGAAAAGCACAAGGCUCCAGUGUUCGAGGGGCAUUUCAGGUCCACUUGGGGUUGUAGUGGCCAUGGUAGCUGCCUGCCCCACUGGCCUGGCUGUGCCGGAGCCUCCCAGCACAGAGCCAGAUACAUUUGUCCUUACAGUCUGAAAGCCUGGCAGUGCUUUGGGGAAGGUGAGCACCAACUAGAACGCAGGUCCUGUUCAUGAGGACCUCAGGGGCCACUUGGGAGAGCACGUGGCUAAAGCUGGCGGCGUGAUGGGCAUGCCAGCCUCCCCUCAGACCAGUCCCUCCCCGCUCGGAACUGCCACAAAGGCCCCGAAGCGUUGCUGUCAUAGUUGCUUUUGUCCCUUUCACUGUAACGGGAUUUAACCUGUGACAUCUUUCACCAGAGACAGACACACACUGUCACACCGUCCAUUUGUAAUCCUGCACUUUGCACCCGGUGCACUCAGUCAGUGCUCUGUUAAAGAGACCAUUGGACACGUGGAAGCACACGCCUUUGCAGACAACUUCCUGAACACCGGUGUUCUGUUCACUUUGAUGUUGAGUCAGAUAGAACACGCACUUCCUGUUCCUACAAACCGAUCAGUGACGCGUCUGUGGUGUGUUACUCCCGUGCGUGGUGGGGAGAGCGGCUGCUUUGAGCCACGGGGGCUGGACGGUGCUGCAGUAGCUGGUGUUGCUUAACGUGGCAUUUUCCCCUGUCCACACCUUCCACCCUUGGUACAGGUAUUUUUGAUAAAGCUGUGGAAUGGAAAGGUAUGUUGUUCAUGGGGUGAGCCUUUUGCCUUAACUUAAGAAGAAAGAGAGAGAGAGAGAGAGAAAGAAAGAAAGAAAGAAAGAAAGAAAGGAAGGAAGGAAGAAUUCCCUCUAUGGGCUUCCUGUGUCUCUGGUUAUAGCCGACUUAGUGUAACUGUGAGAACAUUUUGAGGCACUGCCUGAGUAUAAAAUUGUGACAGGACCCUUACUAAAGAUAGCCUGCAGGGUGUUAAAGCACUUGUCUGGGGGUUGCUCUUGGGUGCAGCCCCGUGUUACGCAUGGUAGUUAGCAGGCCCUGUGGGGCCAGAAUCCUGUUCCCCAUCACUGGCCGCUCCCCUGAGGAGAGUGAUGUAACGCGUCCCUUUUAUGGAGCUGGAGACACCGAGCUCAGAGAAUUUGCAGCAGCCUCUCUCUUCCUACUGGAAAAAGCAAAUUCAGACAGUGCUCACGGUGGGCUGGGCCUGCAGGGUCCCCCCGGAGCGGCAAGCUGGCGGGUGUGUCCUUGUAAGAGGUCCUGUAAUAAAGAGGGAUCCGAACAAGCUCAGAGUGAAAGUGAAUUCCAAGGGGCCGAGGCUAUGGUUCUGGAGAGCGUUAUGUUUGCCAUUCUUGCGGAGAGAGCGCUCGGGCCGAAGCUCUACGGCAUCUUUCCCCAAGGCCGCCUGGAGGAAUUCAUCCCGAGCCGGCGACUAGAGACUGAAGAAUUGAGUGUGCCAGAUAUUUCUGCAGAAAUAGCUGAGAAAAUGGCCACAUUUCAUGGCAUGAAGAUGCCAUUCAAUAAGGAACCCAAGUGGCUUUUUGGAACAAUGGAAAAAUACCUGAACCAAGUGCUGAGGAUUCAGUUUACUGGUGAAUCCAAAGUGAAACAGCUUCACAAAUUCCUCAGUUACAAUCUGCCUUUGCAACUGGAAAGCCUGAGAUCGCUGCUGGAGUCAACUCCAUCCCCGGUUGUCUUCUGUCACAAUGACUGUCAAGAAGGUAACAUCUUAUUGCUGGAAGGCAGAGAGAACCUUGAAAACCGGAAACUGAUGCUCAUCGACUUUGAAUACAGCAGUUACAACUACAGGGGAUUCGACAUCGGCAAUCAUUUCUGCGAAUGGAUGUACGAUUACAACUAUGAAAAGUACCCCUUUUUCAGGGCAGACAUACAGAACUACCCCACCAGGAAGCAGCAGCUCCAUUUUAUUUCCAACUACUUGGCAGCAUUCCAAAAUGAAUUUGAAGAAAAGUCCAUUAUAGAAGAAGAAAUGCUGAUUGAAGUCAAUAGGUUCGCCCUCGCGUCCCACUUAUUCUGGGGACUGUGGUCCAUCGUGCAGGCCAAGAUCUCAUCCAUCGAAUUCGGGUACAUGGAGUAUGCCCAGGCGAGGUUCGAUGCCUAUUUUGAGCAGAAGAGGAAGCUUGGGGUGUGACCACGAGCGCUUCGGCCACUUCAUCCCUGGACCACGUGGGGGCGCUGAGCGGCGGGGCCUCUGCUCCGACUACUGUGCCCGCGGCCAGCAGGCUCGACGGCUCACUACUGAGCACAGAUGUGUAUGAUACGAGAGACUGUAUUAAAAUUGAGUAACGUUUCUUUCAUACCUUGUUUACGAUUUCACUAGGACUCUGACCCGAGACCGGGAAGCAGAAACAUAGCCAAUAGUGCAAUACCCGUGAACCCGCUCCUCCGAGGGCUGGUCCCGGCCUCCGGGCAGUCCUCGGCGUGCCGGGGAGCACCGUGCCCAAGGCCUGCGGUGACCGUGUGGCAGAGCCGGCCCGGCACGCGGCGAAUGUAGCCGUAGAUCUGAAAGAGGCCCACCUCCCUGCCCGGCCGCUCCCUCCUGACCAGGACUUAGUGACCCCAGUGGCCUCAGCCCGGACCUGCGGUACCGAGAGGGGCAUUGAGCCCUCCCCAUCUCUAGCCCUCAGUGUCCCCCGGGUCCCCAACUGGUCACUGGCCAGAAGCACGGCCUGGAUGGGGUAGGGCUUGCAGAGAGGACAGCUGUGAAUUCCAUGUCUAGUCGAUGUCUUUGGGAGAAAUUCCGUUUUGUUUUUUUACUCAACUCCUAGUUAAAUUUUUUUUGUGCAUAUAUUUCUGCCGUCACAGAUUGUACUAUACACACAAUAAACAAUUAAAACCUU